GUCUCCUGUCGACAAUCCUACUCCUAGAGCUGUAUAUAGCCACCGCCAUCAUUCUCCCCGUUUUACAAUUUACUGACCUCCAUCAUGGCGGUCCGACGCUCCGCCCGCCUGCGCAGUCGUCAGUCUGAGGAGCCUGAGGCCCCAGAACCCGUCGUCGACAACAACAACAACACGAGCGCGACCUCUGACACCUCUGACACCAUUGACACCAUUGACACCGCUGACAACUCUGACAACCUUGACCGCAACAUGGCUCGACUCGGCAACCAGGGCCCCAAAUUGGCGCCCGUCAUGGAACGCGAUGAACCUGCCGAGGAUUCUGAACGCCCGAAGAAGAGGAAGUCGGUUAAGAAACUGAAGAAGGAGCCUCCUGCGAAGAAGGUCGCCAAAGACAAGGCGGCUGAAGAAACGGCUGAAGCUCCUAAAGCGUCUGCCGAAGCUCCUCCGGUGCGUACUGAAGCUACCAAACUGCCUGUGGCUGCCAAAGCAUCUGCUCCCGCGAAAACAUCUACUCCGAGCGCGUCGAUUCCUCCGCCCACGCCUAAGCAGUCCAUCUUCGCGUCAACCCCCAAGAAGAACUCCGUGGGCACGCCUCUCAGAGCCACCCCCCGCCAACCCUCCCCCACCAAGACUCCCUCCAGCACCCUGGCGCGUCCGCCUCACCAAGAGAUGCACCCCAGCAAGGUCCGCCAAAGCACCACCAAGCAGGCCGACUCCGGUCUGAUCUUGGGCUUCAACCCGGUCAAGAAAGACGCCGAAGGCAACGUCGUCAAGGACACCGUUGAAAACACCCCGACCAAAGCGAAAACCGUUCCCGCCUCACCUUACUACGGCACCCCCGCGUUCGAAUUCAAAUUCGCCUGCACCGAUUCGCUCAGCGACGAGGCCAAGAAGCUCAUGGAGACCGUGCGCGAGGAUGCUGCCAAGAUCAAGGCCCAGAUGGCCCAGGACCAGGGUCAGACCGCUCAGGAACGCGCUGAGGCGGUCCGCAAGAUUGUGCAGCCCAAGGGCAAGACCACCCGCUUCAGCCAGGCGCACAUGGCCGAAUUCAAGAAGAUGGAUUCCAUUGAGGGCCACGCGUCGGCCUUCCGUGCCACCCCAGGUCGCUUCCAGCCGGUGGUGAAGACCCUCAAGCGAACCAACUCGAAGGCCCAUUUGGACGAGUCCGAUAACGCGUCGUCGUCGACGACCACGCCGUCCAAACUCGCUCGACCUUCUCCGGCCCCUGCCACAGCGCCUAGCAACAAGCGCGUCAAGCACGACAAGGCGGAUGAUGCUUCUACGCGUCGUCCUGUGGAAGCCAGCCCGCCUAAGCCCGUCCGCCGUCCCAGAUCUACUGUCCGUAGCUCAUUGAUGACCCCGACCCGGUCUUCCGCAGCGCGUGUGUCCGCCAGUGUCAAGCCGUCUCGGACGUCGUUGAUUCCGUCUCUCAUUCGAUCUCCUGCCUCCAAGCCGGCCGAUAUUCCGCGCACCCCCCAGACAGAUUUCAACCCGCGGCUGAAGAGCGGCCUUCCCACUCUUGGAAACCUGAAGUCAAUUCUCCGGCGCCACCAGCCCCUGUUCUCCAAAGACCCCGCAAAGAUUGCUUCCGGUACGCACGUGGCGGCUCCCGAUUUCGGCUCGAACCUGCUUCUCAGUGGAACGCGGGAUGCCCCCGAGGAGGCUGUUCCCACUCCCUCGCCCAAGAAGCGCGUGGAGUUCACCCCCUGUGUCAAGACCCGCCACGAAGAAGCGUUGUUCUCGCCGUCUCCGUCCAAGAUCCCCACGGCCAGUCCCUCGCGUCCUACUAUUUCCGACAUUGUCUACCCGACUCUGCCGGUGUUGACUCCCGAGCAGAGCCGGGCCAAGUCCCCCGGCCAGGCAACCCCGACGAUUCGCCACGUGCGUCCGUCCGAUGCGAACAUCAACUCCCCUCUGCCUGUGGUUGCUGGCGUGCCGCACGGCAUCGGCCACAAGCGCACCCGGGAGGCCGCCGAGGACACCGCAGCAGGCCCUAAUCUUCCCCAUGUCGCGGGCAUGCCGCACGGUAUUGGCCACAAGAAGAGAAACCGCGCGGCAGUCGACGAGACGGACGCGGAGAACGUGCCACCCGUGGAGUCGGUCUCGGACGGACGCAGCGCCAAGAGAAUGAAGAUGACCUCGCCCUCGCCUGUCAAGUCUCAGACGCCGGCCCCAGCCCCGACCCCAAGUCCGACCAAGACGCGACCCCCAACCUCAGUUCGGCCUAACUACGCCAGUCCGACCAAGGCCCGCUCGCACACCCCGCUCCGGUCGACCUUCAGCAGUCGCAAAGGCACUCCGACGAGCACGCUGGCAGGCACUCCCGGACGCACCCCAGCGAGUGCGCGCAGCCGCGGGGUGCUUAGCAUGAGCCGUCUGAACAUGCUGUCGCAGCCGAAGAAUCGGAACUGAAACUUGUGCGCAUGAGUUGAAUUGCAUUUCAGCGUUGGAUCAAGAUCUGCGAUUUUGAUGUUUAGACGAGACGAGACGCCAGACGGCCGUCCCGUCGUGUCAUUUAAUUAGUGGUUCGUUCGCUUUUGAUUCUGGGCGUCUGACGGGUUUAGUUGGGUUGGUUGGGUUCGGAAUUCGGCGCUUGGAUGCAUCCGGCAUGCAGUGGCGUUGGUUGGUUUGUUUGUUUGUGUGUAUCUGAUUCUGGGAGAUUUGAUGAGAUUGCUAGCCAAUGAUGGAGUAUGAGAUUGUCUUUUUUUUUUUUUUUUUUUUU